AUAUAAUAAAAUAUGGAUAAUUUAGAAUGAAAUACUUUGAAAUCACAAACAAAACUACAUCUUAAAUCGUUUCAGCUCAAAAAGUAAUAACGACUUUUCUUGCCCCACCAACAUGCAUCGCAACAAAAAUCGCAAAAAAAAAACGCAUUUGCAUGAAGCAUUACCUGUCACCUAGUAAGUGACAGGAAUGUAUGGGACACUCCUCCGUGAACCCACCCAUUGCUUUGCCACCAAGAAUAUAGCCAUUUAAAAUAAGUCCCACAUUAGUUUUCACAUGAGUGAUUGACCAUUGUGAACUUCGAUUUCAUUUUCUAAUUACCCCGCUUAUAUUGUUUAUAGGACGACCGCUUUUCUCGGACUCAAGGUUCCGUCGUUCUCCAAGUCGGGGCCUUGGAGCUUCUCGCUAGGUACUCCAUGAAUACAAACAGAAUGACCAGCGUGUUAUCAUCUCUACAUGAAUUCAGAGCUGCUGAAGCAGAACAGACCGGUGGAAAACAAUGGAAUUGGAAAUACUUGAGGGACCAAUUUGAACAAAAAGAUUUAGAAGGUUUAUAUAGAAAAUAUGAUGACACAUUAAGGGAAAGUCUCGUAUACAUUUAUAUGACUUUAUUAGUAUUAUUUUCAACUGUUCAUAUCGUAUUAGUAAUUAUCGGGACGUAUUCAGAGGAAGUGCAAUCACAAUCCACCUACCUCUCGAUGGGAAUGUACGUUUUAAGAAUAGCAUUGCCCAUAAUUCUUUUAUGGAAAUGUUUUUAUGAUCCUUUAAAAAAGAAAUGGUUUUGGAUGCCUACAUUUGUGACGUUCGUUAUAACCAUUGACUUGGUUAUUACAGAUAUUGCUGUACCGAUAUUCAGCCAUUUUGAAGGUAUCGCGUUGCGGCCAGCUUACUCGACCAUAGCACUUCUGUCCAUUUAUAUAUUCCUCCCGAUGAGAAACAACUUCUUGGCUAUCUUCCUCGGUGUUCUUGUCAGCUCAAUAUAUAUUCUCAUAUUCGCUUUCUUCAGCUACCAUGAGGAUCCUCUGAUUGGCGUCGUGAUUGCUUCUGAUAUUAUUUACCAUAUAGGUGUCAAUUUGAUGGGCAUAUAUUUUAGGCUGAUGAACGAAAUCGUCACCCGACGAUCUUUUCUAGACAGAAGAGCAUGUGUUGAGAGCACACUCCGUUUGAAGUUUGUUAAAGAUCAAGAAGAACGACUUAUGUUAACCAUACUGCCGGAACACAUAGUAUCAAAAGUGAAACAUGAUAUCAGAGAUCUUUUUCUGGGUCUAGGAUCACGUAUUAGUUACAAUUUGAGGUCAUUCAACCAACUGUACAUAGAAGAACAUGAUAAUGUUAGCAUUCUAUACGCGGAUGUUGUCAACUACACCAUGGUAUCCACCACAUUGUCACCACUGAGGAUGGUAGAACUUCUCAAUGAACUCUUCGGAAGAUUCGACGAAGCUUCUGAGGAAUACGAUGUACUACGAAUUAAAUUCUUGGGCGACUGCUAUUACUGCGCUAGUGGUAUCCCGAAGCCCACGUUACUACACGCCAAAAACUGCGUCGAUCUUGGCUUAGAAAUGAUCAGCAUCAUAAAAGACGUAAGGGAAAAACGUUCUCUUAAUAUCGAUAUGAGGAUUGGUGUGCACUCAGGUCGAAUAUUGAGUGGAUUAAUAGGUAUAAAGAAAUGGCAGUUUGAUAUUUGGUCUAAGGACGUCACUAUUGCUAACAAAAUGGAAUCAACUGGCCAAGCCGGAAAAGUGCACAUAACGAAACAAACCUUAGAACUUAUAUUCGAUGUUGGCAGAGAAUACAUAAUUGAGCCAAACUUUGCGAGUCAAAACGAUCCUUUUAUCAUGAAAAACAAACUGGAGACUUAUCUUAUUUCAAGACUUUAUAGGGUGAGUUUAUCUUUCUUAUCUUAGAUUAUAUAAUAUCCUUCUAAUAUAUAAAAAUGAUACUUUUACCAUGAAUUUUCCAUGGUAACGUGUAGCUUUUCUUAGUAUAGUUUUGAUUUCUUAUUAUGGUCUCAAUUCUUCUUGUUUAUUUUUUAUAUAUAAUGACGAAUAAUUUGGUAGGUACUCUUUUUAAUUGCUCUAUAUUUGCAUAAAUAUUUUUUACAGGGCAUUGAAUAUAGACGACCGUCGUUUCGAAAACCAUCUGUAGGCUUCAACAAAAUCGUGUCGUCCAAAAGAGUAAGUAAAAGUGCUUUCGCUUUGUAUGCAACCAAAAAAAUGCCCUGAGAAUUUGUCGUCCUGAAUGUGUGUCUUCGUUCGGUUUAUAUAUAUAUA